CGUAGCAUCAAUCGCUGGUACACACACAAGUCUGUCCAAACCCUCCCCACUCUCUAACGGAAUUCAAACACUUUCCCAAUUCUCUCUCUCUCUCUCUCUUCCACAUAGUUAUAUAAUCAUCUCAUCUUCAUUUACCACCACCACUUCCCUAGCUAUCAAACUUGCUAGAUAUCUCUCUCUCUCUCUCUGGUUUUGGUUUCUUUAGCUAUAGCUAGUUCUAGAAGGAAAGGAUUGCAUUAGGUUUUCUAUAUAGUUAGUUGUUAUUGUUUAGUUUUUGGGUGAUAUUCUAGAAGAAGAUCAGAUCAUGUGUACCAGAGGCCACUGGAGGCCAGCUGAAGAUGAAAAUCUUAAGGAGUUGGUGGAAAAAUAUGGCCCUCAUAAUUGGAACGCCAUAGCAGAAAAGCUUCAAGGAAGAUCAGGGAAGAGUUGUAGGUUGAGAUGGUUCAAUCAGUUGGAUCCAAGAAUCAAUCGAACACCUUUCACAGAAGAGGAAGAAGAGAGGCUUCUUGCUUCCCAUAGAAUUCAUGGCAACAGAUGGUCUGUUAUUGCAAGGCUGUUUCCUGGUCGGACCGAUAACGCUGUGAAGAAUCAUUGGCAUGUUAUUAUGGCUAGAAGAUGUAGAGAAAGAUCGAGGCUUUACGCAAAAAGAGCUGCUCAAUCACUACUACUAAAUCAUCAUCCUCAUGACCAUAAACAUUCUUAUUCUUCUUCUAAUAUUUCUAAACCAGACUUGCAAAUCAUGGGGUGUGACAACGGGAGGAGUACUACUCUUGGUUCAAUAUUUGUUGAUAAGUAUUGUGAAAAAUAUGAGCAUCCAUUCACUACUCACUGCUUCAAUGCUGAAAAUAUGAGUUCACAACAUGAAGGUAAAGAUAUUAAGAAUCAGCCGAUGGAGUUUUAUGAUUUUCUACGAGUAAACACCGACUCCAACAAAAGUGAAGUGAUAGACAAUGCAAUAAGAGAUAAUAUUGAGGAAGUCAAUCAGCUGGAGCAACACAACAAGGCAGCAACUGGUGUUCCAUUCUUUGAUUUCUUAUCAAUUGGAAGCUCAUGAUCGAUCUUUAUAAUUAAUUUGGUGAUCUGGAUCUCUUAUCAACUAAAUUACUUACAUAUAUAUAUGUAUCAAGCAUGCUUGAUGAGUUGCUUCAA